AUGGCAAUUAUCACCUCUGUUGGCAGGAUUGCCAUUCUGACUCUUUUGGCCUUCGGGAAGAUCACCCAGGCGAGUCCAGUCCCCUUCGAAAUAAGGGGAGAUGUCAUUAUCUCCAUACCCAGCGGCAGCCACUCUCUUUCAAGCAGAUCCAAUACCAACAUUGUGUCUGGUGCCCCAGAAACGAAAGCGCCUAUUAAAGUGAACAAUCCCGAUAGGGUAGACCGAGUACCACAGUUACAUCAUAAUAGGGUGCCUCCCGUUACCGAGCGCCGUGCUAUUAUACCUGAUCCCAUGUGGUUAUCGUUCGAAAAGGCAGUCAACAGGAUUAGGGGCUAUAUAGGCGCUAGACCUGCCCGAGAACAAGGGGACCCAACCGCAGUAAAAGUUGGAAAGCUGCAUGGAAAGCCACAUGGAAAACGUGGGGAUAAAACAACACAUAGAACUUCAACACCAGGAAUGCCUCAGGUGUCGGUUGACCACAUUACUCCUAUUCCUGGUGGUCCCUGGAAGCACAGGGAAGAGGGCAAAGUGAGGGAGCCUGCGAAACACAGAACGGAGGUAGAUAUUAUCUGGUAA